AUGCCAUUCUACAGUCGAAUAAUGGGAGGAUUAUAUAAAUUUAUCUGCUUCAUGAUCAUAUUAAUCAUCGACGCCAUAUUCGUAUCUCAAGCCUUGUGCACCAGGGUCAGACUCUUUGAUGGUUUUCUCAAGCUUCCUGUCUCAGAUAGUGUUCUUACCUCAAACCAGGACUUGUUCCUGUACCUUCCUCACCCAAAUUUCCAAGUUCGGCCAUCAAAAUGUUAGCCAACUACUCUCACGGAAACAGCAUCCCAGGAUGUCCAGAAUUCGGACAACGAUAGGAUAAGCAUCCAGCAUCACACAGUUGAUAAACCAAUGCCACCUUUUCUUCUCGACCGGUAUCUACAGACUACAAUAAUGCCCCAGGAGUACCACCGUAUACUGCUUUUCAAGGCCCAUCACUACUUUCAGAGAAUCUUGAUGGGCAAUUACAGGUUCAGGUUAUCAGAUAUGAUGCCCAAUGCCUGGUUCUACAAGCUGAAAGAUAUGGGCAGAACCAGAAACCAUAGCAACACCAACCAUUCCAAGAAAAAACUACAACACCCGGUAUCUCCUGCUUCAACAACAGCACAGCCAUCAAAAAUAAAGCAACCGCGCCAUUCUUAUCCACGAAAGUCUUAUUACUUCACUAGAGAGCUUAUCCCAACUGAUAGAUUCUAUGCUUCUCCCACAAACACCAAAUCAGCAAAUGCCCAUUUCCCUGACCCACCAAGAAAAUCUUCCAAAAAACGAUCCAGAAAAAGAAAUAACAGGUCCUCUCCCAAGCUUGUCACUUCCUCUGUUUCUGCCGGUUGUAGCUGCCGUGCCACACUCUGGACUAAGGCUGAUUCUCCCCCAGAAUACUCAGCUUCUUCCUCUUCUGAUAACUCUUCAGACCAAAAACUUUGUGAGCCUUUCCCGCAAGAAUUCAGGUCUGACUGCAUUCUCACUACUGAAUCAUUCGAUAACAUGGUAUCCUGGUCGCGUUCUUGUACCUGCAAAGUCAAUUCUAAUGCUAACGAUCUCGUUAUCGAUGUUGAUAACAAGUCUUUUGUUAAGAAAUUCGACAAGCUAGAUGAGUUCGACAAAUUGUCUGAGCUUGAACUCCCUCCGAUCAUAACCAAGCCAGCUAAAUUCAACGAUACGGUGAAGGAUAUCAAGAGGAAAGAGCAGAACAGUGAACCGACCAAGUAUCGAAGGAGUUCAGCUAAGUUUGAGGAAAAAAAUGCUCAUGGUUCACUUUCUGUCAAGGUUGUCAAGGAAGAAAGAAUCACAGUGAAGGAGCAAAAGAACUAUAGCCCGGUUAGGAAAUUUUCUGUCAAUUCUCCUGGUGUAAGGCUGAGGAUAAAUUCUCCAAAAAUUGCAAGCAGAAGAAUCCAGGGUCAUGCUAGAAAAAGCGUGUCAUCAAGUUCAAGCUCGAGCUCAAGGAGGAGUCUGUCGGAUAGUUUUGCGGUGGUGAAGUCGUCAUUCGAUCCUCAGAGAGACUUCAGGGACUCGAUGGUGGAGAUGAUUAUGGAGAACAACAUCAGGGCAUCAAAGGACUUGGAGGAUUUGCUUGCCUGCUAUCUUUCUUUGAAUGCUGAUGAAUAUCAUGACGUUAUCAUCAAGGUCUUCAAGCAAAUCUGGUUUGAUUUGAGUGAUGUCCGGUUGAAAUAAUUUCCUCAGAAAUACUAUAAUAUAUAUAUAUAUAUAUAUAUAUAUAUGGAUGUAUAUUUCUUCUUUCUCUUUCUUUUUCAAGUCUUUACUAUUAUCAUUGUCCUAUCAUUCACUCUUCUUUCAAAGUAAAUACCACUAGUCGUUA